UAAUCCGGAAAAUAAUCAUUUGUAGGGAACAAUUAUAAAAAAAAAAGUUGGUAGAAGCUCUGUCCCUACUUUUUUAUGAUACAAUAAAUAUUCGCUAACUGGGCGAAAAGGGAAGAUCAGUUAUCGAAAAUCACGUUUUAAUUGGUCCGGCAUGUAAAACGUCAAACAAAAUCGAGGGGAACUUCAAUGAAUUGUUUGAUUCUCGUUGAUCUUGAAAUUGGACAAACAAAAGGUUUCCAAUGGAAAAACAGUUAACGUGCGCCCAGUUAAAAAGCAGACCAGUUAAACCAGGACCAGUUAGCGGACAAUUACUGUUCAUAAAAACAUACGGUGGCAGGUAUCCAGAAUUACAGUUUUCAGCGUGGACAUUUUCGUAACCCCUUCCCCCCUAAAGUUGUCCACGUGGUAUGUGGACAGCCCCUAAUGAUAUCCAUAACAACUCGUCCAAGAUUAUGUGGCGAAUCUUUUCUCGUUGAUUCGUGCAAAACAACGGCGCUAAACUCCAUUGCAAUUCUGUUGAACAAGUUGAAAAUUGUGACUCUUUCGCAAUACAUGACUUUAGUACCGAAUGCUUCGUAUACAGCCGAUACACAAGAACAUCUUGUUGGAUUGAUGGACUUGCUAUCGGAGCGGCGAGAAGAAUGUUCAGCCUAGAAAUUGGACAAUGAAGCAGCAUCGACAUCAUAUCGAAUUUCAGCUUCAUCUUAUUUUAGUGAGAAUGUGGAUGACAUGAUUAUUGAAUUCGACUAUGAGUACACCGUCGAUGAAGCGAAAACUUUUCUCGACAGAACAGAACAAAAUUCGUUCUUCUAUAGCUGGUUACAUCAUCAAAAUAAGUCAACGGGAAAGAGCAUGUCAGCAGGAGCGGUAUAUGAAAACAGUACGGAAGCACGCAGAGGGGGAAUUACUUGCUUGAAGCGUGAGAGAGACAGACUGAUCACGAGCGAGCAUGGGCACAGGCGUAUUGUGUUUUGUUUACAAACAAAACACAGUAGACUUCCAAGAUGGCUACAGAGUGGUUUUAGCAUAUUAGCCCACCUUAGGAUUUACUUCUAGGCGCCUUGGUAAUAAUUAGUCCUAGGCAAGGAUGCCAGGUGAUUUUUUCAGAUGUCUUCAAAUGGUACGAAAAAAUGUCUUCAAAUGUCUUUACAAUCAUAUUGGAGGAAACUAAAAUUCAUAAUUUAAUUUUGAACAAUGUUUGAUAGAUUAUUCAGUGUUUAUUCUAAUUGAUAUUGUUAAAUGUCGAGUUUCAUGAAACUUUCUUCGAGAUUUUGAACUUUAUUUCAGAAAAUAUAUGAGUAUGUUGCGCAACGGUGAACUAAAUUUCAUGAGUUUAGAAAUUGUUGGAGACAACUGUAUUCUGUUGGAGUGGCUCCACCUAUGAGUGGCUCCCUACGACGCUGGGCUCUCGAGUGACAGUUGCCUGUUACUCCGACGAUGCUGUAAGGCGCAUAGAUGUGUGUGAUGACAGUUGUCACAUUGUCUAGACACUUCCGUUUCAAUCGUUAAUUGUAAGGUCUGCCAAUGUAAUACCUCGUGUUCUUUUACAAUAAUAAAUUAUAUUUUAAUGUGUUAAUGGCGCGUCAGUAUUCCCAAUGAAAGACCAUUGUAUUUACAACUUGACACCUCUCAAAUACAAAAGUGGCGACGUUCGGUUCGGUUUUGUUUCGAUUUUCGUGAUAAUUAAUAAUUCCGUCACCCCCGCGUAAACGACGGAGAGUAGAGAGCAUGGAAAACGGACAGCAGCACCAUUCGGAUGCGGAUCGUCUGCGGAUCCAGCAGCAACAUCAACAGAAUACUCAUGCAGGAAAUCCCAGUCAACCGGUCCCCCACCAGCAGCAGCAGCCACCGUUUGUGCUUUCUCCUCCGCAGCAUCAGCAGCAGCAGAUCCCGAUCCCGGCAGAUAACCUCCUCACACAGAUGAUACACAUGAUGCAAAAGCAACAAAUACAUUAUCAGCAGCAGUUGAACCAGCUUCUUCUCCGGCAACAGCAAAACGAGCAACGGGCGAAAGAAUGGCAGCAGACAUUCCUUCGCAGUAUAACGUCUUCAAUCAACGUUCAGGUUCCACCUAACCCCGAACAGAUUCUAGAUUCUCUUGCUGGAUACAUCAAGGAGUUCCAUUAUGAGGCGGAGAGUAAUCUGACCUUCGCUUGCUGGUAUUCACGCUAUGAUGACCUCUUCGAAAAGGACGUUUCUCGUUUGGAUGACGAAGCCAAAGUACGUCUACUUCUACGGAAAAUGGGUACCGUGGAACACGAGCGGUAUGUCAGUUAUAUACUUCCACGGUUGCCAAAAGACUUCAGUUUCGCGCAGACAGUAGAAAAAUUGAAAGGACUGUUUGGACACCGGGAAGGAUAUUGUACCAGCGCAAAGAAGUCGCGUGGAUCUGCGAAGAAACGGAAGAAGUUCUCGGUAACCAGCAAAGUGGUUGUAGUAAAAGCAUGCAGUGUGGAUAAAAGAAGGAAAUUUGUUCCUGUUUUAUUCCCCGGAGGUGAAAUAAGGUUACAGCUUGAUACAGCCUCGGAUAUAACAGUGAUUAGCAAGAAGAAUUGGCCGACGAUUGGAAGUCCAGUGUUAGCCCCAGCUACAGUGAAAGCGAAAACCGAUUCGGGAAAUGUUUUGCCUCUUGUAGGCGAAUUUAGUUGCAAUGUUAGCAUUGCAAAGAAAACCCACAAAGCAGUGAUUCGUGUGACUGAAAAACAUUUGCAACUUCUUGGAUCUGAUUUGGUAGACAGUUUUGAUCUCGGAUCCGUGCCGAUGGACACAUUCUGUUGUCAGGUAUCCAGUGCACCCGUGUCUACCAAUUCCCUGAAGAAAACAUUUCCGAAGGUGUUCAGUGAAGAACUUGGUUUAUGCCAUAAGAUUAAGGUGAAGUUGAACCUAAAAGAACAGUGUAACCCAGUUUUCUGUCCGAAACGCCCAGUGGCGUAUGCCAUGCAGGAUGCUGUGAAUCAAGAGCUCGAUCGUCUAGAGAAGAUAAAUAUCAUUUCACCGGUAGAUUAUUUGGAGUGAGCCG